AUGAACAGGAAGAAAGGAGACAAGGGCUUUGAAAUUGUCUGCAUCAACAACAUAAAUUUCCAGAGGAAAUCUGUUGUGGGCUUUGUGGAACUGACUAUAUUUCCUACAGUUGCAAACUUGAAUAGAAUAAAGUUGAACAGCAAACAGUGUAGAAUCUAUCGAGUAAGGAUCAAUGAUUUAGAGGCUGCUUUUAUUUAUAAUGAUCCAACCUUAGAAGUUUGUCACAAUGAAUCAAAACAGAGGAAUCUCAAUUAUUUUUCCAAUGCAUAUGCAGCUGCAGUUAGUGCCGUGGAUCCUGAUGCAGGAAAUGGAGAACUUUGCAUUAAGGUUCCAUCAGAGCUAUGGAAGCACGUUGAUGAGUUAAAGGUUCUGAAGAUACACAUUAAUUUUUCUUUGGAUCAGCCAAAAGGAGGUCUUCAUUUUGUGGUACCCAGUGUAGAGGGGAGUAUGGCAGAGAGAGGUGCUCACGUCUUCUCUUGUGGGUAUCAAAAUUCCACAAGAUUUUGGUUCCCGUGUGUUGAUUCAUACUCUGAAUUAUGUACAUGGAAAUUAGAAUUUACAGUAGAUGCUGCUAUGGUGGCUAUAUCCAAUGGAGAUUUGGUAGAGACAGUGUAUACCCAUGAUAUGAGGAAGAAGACCUUCCAUUACAUGCUUACUAUUCCUACAGCAGCAUCAAACAUCUCCUUGGCCAUUGGACCUUUUGAAAUACUUGUAGAUCCGUAUAUGCAUGAGGUUACUCAUUUUUGUUUACCCCAACUUCUUCCAUUGCUUAAACAUACCACGUCAUACCUUCAUGAAGUUUUUGAAUUUUAUGAAGAAAUUCUUACAUGUCGAUAUCCAUACUCGUGUUUUAAGACUGUAUUCAUUGAUGAGGCUUAUGUUGAAGUGGCUGCUUAUGCUUCCAUGAGCAUUUUUAGCACAAAUCUUCUACACAGUGCCAUGAUUAUAGAUGAGACACCUUUGACUAGAAGGUGUUUAGCCCAGUCCUUGGCCCAGCAGUUUUUUGGAUGUUUCAUAUCCAGAAUGUCUUGGUCUGAUGAAUGGGUGCUGAAGGGAAUUUCAGGCUAUAUUUAUGGACUUUGGAUGAAGAAAACUUUUGGUGUUAAUGAGUACCACCAUUGGAUUAAAGAGGAGCUAGAUAAAAUAGUGGCAUAUGAACUAAAAACUGGGGGAGUUUUACUACAUCCCAUAUUUGGUGGAGGAAAAGAGAAGGAUAAUCCAGCAUCCCAUCUACACUUUUCCAUAAAGCAUCCGCAUACACUCUCCUGGGAAUACUACACUAUGUUUCAGUGUAAAGCCCAUCUUGUGAUGAGAUUGAUUGAAAAUAGAAUCAGCAUGGAAUUUAUGCUACAAGUUUUCAAUAAAUUGCUAAGCCUGGCUAGUACUGCUUCAUCUCAGAAGUUCCAGUCACAUAUGUGGAGUCAGAUGUUGGUUUCCACAUCUGGGUUUUUGAAAUCCAUUUCAAAUGUCUCUGGCAAAGAUAUCCAGCCCUUAAUAAAGCAGUGGGUAGACCAAAGUGGAGUGGUAAAAUUUUAUGGAAGUUUUGCAUUUAAUAGAAAACGAAAUGUCUUAGAGUUGGAAAUAAAACAAGAUUAUACAUCUCCUGGAACUCAGAAGUAUGUGGGACCACUUAAAGUGACAGUACAGGAAUUAGAUGGAUCCUUCAAUCAUACAUUGCAAAUUGAAGAAAACAGCCUUAAACACGAUAUACCUUGCCAUUCCAAAAGCAGAAGGAAUAAGAAGAAAAAAAUCCCAUUAAUGAAUGGAGAAGAAGUUGACAUGGAUCUUUCUGCAAUGGAUGCUGAUUCCCCUUUGCUGUGGAUAAGGAUAGACCCAGAUAUGUCAGUAUUGAGAAAGGUAGAAUUUGAGCAAGCUGAUUUUAUGUGGCAAUAUCAACUCCGCUAUGAGAGGGAUGUUGUUGCACAGCAGGAAUCCAUCUUGGCUUUGGAAAAAUUUCCUACUCCAGCAUCUCGGCUUGCUCUCACUGACAUAUUAGAACAAGAGCAGUGUUUCUACCGAGUAAGGAUGUCAGCUUGCUUCUGUCUUGCAAAGAUUGCAAAUUCAAUGGUAAGCACGUGGACAGGACCACCAGCCAUGAAGUCACUCUUUACUAGAAUGUUUUGUUGUAAAACUUGUCCAAAUAUUGUGAAAACAAACAACUUCAUGAGCUUUCAAAGUUAUUUUCUACAAAAGACUAUGCCAGUUGCAAUGGCUUUAUUAAGGGAUGUUCAUAACCUUUGUCCCAAAGAAGUCUUAACAUUUAUUUUAGACUUAAUCAAGUACAAUGACAACAGGAAAAAUAAGUUUUCAGAUAACUAUUAUCGUGCAGAAAUGAUUGAUGCUCUGGCCAACUCUGUUACACCUGCAGUUAGUGUGAAUAAUGAAGUUAGAACCCUGGAUAACUUAAAUCCUGAUGUGCGACUAAUUCUUGAAGAAAUCACCAGGUUUUUGAAUAUGGAAAAACUCCUUCCAAGUUAUAGACAUACUAUCACUGUCAGUUGCUUGAGAGCCAUACGGGUACUUCAGAAGAAUGGACAUGUGCCAAGUGAUCCAGCUCUUUUUAAGUCUUACGCUGAAUACGGUCACUUUGUAGACAUCAGGAUAGCAGCUUUGGAAGCAGUUGUUGAUUAUACUAAAGUGGACAGGAGUUACGAAGAAUUGCAGUGGCUUCUUAAUAUGAUUCAGAAUGACCCUGUACCCUAUGUGAGGCAUAAGAUUCUAAAUAUGUUGACUAAGAAUCCACCAUUUACAAAGAACAUGGAGUCUCCAUUAUGCAAUGAAGCCCUGGUAGAUCAACUUUGGAAACUUAUGAAUUCUGGUACUUCACAUGACUGGAGAUUGCGGUGUGGUGCUGUGGACUUGUAUUUCACACUUUUUGGCCUCAGUAGACCUUCCUGUUUACCCUUACCAGAGCUUGGGUUGGUUCUUAAUCUGAAGGAGAAAAAAGCUGUCUUGAAUCCUACUAUAAUUCCAGAGGCUGUAGCAGGCAACCAAGAAGCUGCGAAUAAUCCAAGCAGUCAUGCACAGCUAGUUGGAUUUCAGAAUCCUUUCUCAAAUUCUCAAGAUGAGGAGGAGAUUGACAUGGAUACUGUUCAUGAUAGUCAGGCCUUCAUCUCCCAUCAUCUGAACAUGCUUGAAAGACCGUCAACUCCAGGACUUUCCAAAUAUCGACCAGCUAGCUCUCGAUCUGCUUUAAUACCUCAGCAUUCAUCAGGUUGUGAUAGCACAGCUACCACAAAACCCCCAUGGAGUAUGGAACUUACACGUAAGGGAACAGGUAAAGAACAAUCGCCUUUGGAGAUGAGUAUGCAUCCAGUGGCAACAGCUCCACUCUCAGUAUUUACUAAGGAAUCUACAUCCUCCAAACACAGUGACCACCAUCACCAUGAGCAUAAGAAAAAGAAGAAGAAGCACAAACAUAAACAUAAACACAAGCAUAAGCACGACAGCAAAGAAAAGGACAAGGAUCCUUUCACUUACUCCAGCCCUGCCAGUGGCAGGUCUGCUCGUUCUCCUCUCUUUCAGACUGAAAAAGGGACAAAGAGCCCUUUCCCUCUGUGUCCAGAAGAAUGUAUAUAACUAAAGCUUUAUCCUCUGUAGAGAAUGAUAAAAGGCAGGAAAGGAUUUGCUUUUCUUACAUAAAUUCAGAAUCCAUUUAAGUCCUAGACAUUUGAUUUAUAUUAUUUAUACAACUGAGAUUUAAUUAGGAAGAUGUGUUUUAUGGUUCUGGAUAAACUAUUUCAUCGCCUGUUUCCUACUUAAAACACUCGCCUGUUUCCUACUUAAAACACACAGACACACAGAGAAAACUUCUUUUACAAAAGCCCUGGUGUCCAUUGGGCAGUCCCCAUUCACAUCAUGAUCUCCAUGUGUACUGCCAAAACCAAUUAUGUUUGAAAGCCUUUGAUGGAUGUUAUGGGGCAGAGUUACGGUUUAAACAGAAGCAACUGCCAAAUUUGUGGUGUAAUCACUAUUUCCAGUGAAAUAUUGUAUAACGCCAUUUGAAACUACUGAAAAGACAGAGGCUUUUCUAUAGGAGUCUUCCCUCUUGCACUAUUUUUUGUGUUAACAGUAGAAACUAAGCAAUGUAAUUUAUGAACAAAGAAUAUGUUGUGUUUCCUUUUAUCCUGAAAUACUACAAUUUUUGGAAGAAGUUCUUUUUAGCAAAAAUUGGAAUAACUAUCUUUGAUAGCACAUUUGGUGAUUAUGAUGUUGGAAUUUAACAGAGAUACCAAAUCCACAGUUGUUCUCAAAUCAAGAUGCUUAAAUUAUAAGUUUUGUUUUGUCUUCCAUUAAGUAUAAGUGAAUAGGUUCAUAUGUAAAAUGUUUUGUUAGGUGUGGACAAAUUACACACCCAACAUGUAUUCUUUUUAAAAUCAUAUACCACAACGUAUGACCUUAAGGUGAGUUUAUUUGUUUAUUAAUUUGGAUGAAGACAGUUCAGUACUCAUGUGAGUGUAACAGAAACAUUUGCAAACAUGUGAAACGUUUUGGUUUCAUGGUUUAGUAAUCUGUGUGGUUUUGUGUUUUUAUUUUUUCUUCUAGAUUUACCACGUGUUUUAUUGUUUGUUUAAGAAUGCUUUUUAUAUCUUCAAUUUUUAUCAUUUCCCAUGUCAUUAAAAAGUUUGACAAGAUACUUGUUCCCUGAACAGAUAUUUCAAAAGGGAUCCAAUAUUGUUAAACUUUUAAGUAUACUUUUAGUUGUAUUUAACUUGUUUAAUAAAUAACUUUUUAAAUUGAC